AUGAAGACCACCGCCGCACUUGUUUUGCUCUCUGCCCUUUCGGCUUCUGCCUUUGUGCCUGCCGCCCACAAGCCUUCGGCACAAAGUGCUCUUCGAGUCACUCCCGAAGAAGACAUGGAAUUGACCCGCAAGGUCAUUGCCAAGUUUUUCGGAGAUGACAUGAGCGAACCAGCACCCGCCCCAGCUGCCCCAGCUGCCGAGCCCGAAGAAGCCCCCAAGAAGAAAAAGUCCAAAAAGUCCAAAAAUUAA